AAUUUUUCUGUGGAAUUUUCUUUGAUUUCAUCGCAAGGAGACAAUUUCUUACAAAAGAAACGAAACCAUUUGUCUCUAUAUUUAUAUCUUUCUCUUUUUCCGAAUUAAGCUCACUUCUUCCAUAAACAACAAACACCUAUGGGAGCAGAAGGAGAAGCAGGAGCAGGAGAUGAAGGGGUCGUCAGGAGGAGAAGCUGUUCUUGCUCAAAGAAAGAAUUUCUUCCUGAAGAAUCAUUUCAGAGUUUGGGAAAUUACAUGAGAGCACUUAAAGAAACUCCCAUGCGGUUCAGGGACAGGCUCCUGACUCGAUCUCUGGACUCUAUAGAGCUGCAUGAAAUCAAGGCCCGUAGUGGGCAUGAUAUGAACAAGAACUUGACCUGGUGGGACCUUAUGUGGUUCGGUAUAGGCGUUGUGAUCGGCUCCGGGAUCUUUGUCCUCACCGGCCUUGAAGCACGAGAUCAUGCUGGCCCUGCUAUUAUUUUGUCUUAUGUCGUUUCGGGUGUAUCGGCCAUGCUUUCUGUCUUCUGCUACACUGAGUUUGCUGUGGAAAUUCCUGUUGCAGGUGGAUCGUUUGCAUACUUAAGGGUAGAACUCGGGGAUUUCAUGGCUUUCAUUGCCGCUGGCAAUAUCCUCCUCGAGUAUGUCAUUGGCGGAGCUGCAGUGGCCCGUUCAUGGACAUCAUAUUUCGCCACUCUCUGCAACCAUGAUCCUGACGACUUCAGGAUCACAGCCCACAGCCUCCCUGAUGAUUAUGGCCACUUAGACCCCAUCGCCGUUGCUGUUGCUUCUGUAAUCUGUAUCCUCGCCGUUCUUAGCACAAAGGGCUCUUCUCGCUUCAAUUACGUUGCUUCCAUUGUCCACGUCAUCACCAUCCUCUUCAUCAUCAUCGCUGGCUUUACCAAAGCCGAUACCAAAAACUAUAGCCCUUUUGCACCUUAUAACUCUCGUGGUAUUUUCGUAGCUUCAGCUGUAGUUUUCUUUGCAUAUGUUGGAUUCGAUGCUAUCUCUACAAUGGCAGAAGAAACUAAAAAUCCAGCUCGAGAUAUCCCCAUAGGGCUUGUGGGUUCAAUGACAGUAGUUGCCUUAGCCUAUUGUUUAUUAGCUGCAGUACUUUGCCUUAUGGUUCCAUACAGGCAGAUCGAUCCUGAUGCUGCAUUUUCAGUAGCGUUUGAGUAUGUAGGUAUGAGUUGGGCCAAGUACAUAGUUGCUUUGGGUGCGCUGCAAGGUAUGACCACUGCUAUGCUUGUCGGAGCAGUAGGCCAAGCUCGUUAUCUUACACACAUUGCUCGUACUCAUAUGAUGCCGCCAUGGUUCGCUCAUGUCAAUGAGAAGACAGGAACUCCAGUUAAUGCAACAGUUGUAAUGAUCAUUGCUACUGCCAUUGUUGCCUUCUUUACGAAGAUGGAUAUUCUUGCUAACCUUCUGUCAAUUUCUACUCUGUUCAUCUUCAUGCUUGUGGCUGUUGCGCUUCUUGUCCGGAGAUACUAUGUUACCGGUGUAACAACGCCUGCUAAUCAUGCCAAGCUAGCUGUGUGCCUUGCUCUCAUUCUUGGGUCUUCAGUUGCUACUGCUGUUAUCUGGGCUGCAGGUGGAGAUGGUUGGAUUGGGUACGUGAUCACAGUACCCAUUUGGUUCUUGGCCACUGCAGCACUUAAGCUUCUGGUUCCUCAAGCAAGAGACCCUAAGCUCUGGGGGGUGCCAUUAGUCCCAUGGCUGCCUUCUGUUUCAAUUCUCAUCAACAUCUUUCUUCUGGGAUCCAUAGACGGCGCGUCGUUUGGAAGGUUUGGAGUAUGGACCGGUAUUUUGUUGAUAUAUUACCUUUUAUUUGGAUUGCAUGCUUCUUACGAUACUGCUAAGGAGUCAGGAGAGAAUAGGGCAAAGGAAGGGUGGAAGAAAAUGGAGGAAGGUGGUGUUGCUGCUGUGUCUUCACAGUCUGCAGCCAUUGGAGAUCUAAAGGGUACUAAUGAUUCUACAAAUAAUCCAACUGGAUAAGGAAUCUCAGGUGGAUUCUGUACUCUGAGAUAAUAUUGUAAUGAUCGGUCCAAUUGUACUCUUCAAAAUCAGAAAUUUUAAGAUCUUUAAUUACAUGAAA